AUCAAACCCCAUUUAUUUUUCAAGCUAUCUUCUUUCUUCUCUUCUCUGCGCCUCUCUCCUCCCUCUUUUGCAACAUCUUCAUUCAAACUACCUUCUCUACGCUGAGCACAUUGCAAAGUGCCUGACCUAAGUGAAGAGGAAAGCUUUCUGGAGGAUCUCGGUGGCAAAGUGAUACUUUGUGGAGUGGCCUGACUGGAUUAAGGGUAAGAGUUCUAUGAAUCUGGGUUCUUCGCCGACGGUGGCAAGAUUUAUUUUCUCUGAUUUUUGGUGGCUUGAUUCGGUGGUGGUGGGAUGGGUCUCAGCUAGGGUUGGUGGUAAUUUGUAGCGCUGCUGUUCUGUGAUUCCGAUGUGGGUGAUGUCUUUGGGUAUUGAUGGUGACAGCAAGGUAUUAUAGUUGUUUUGAUUAUGGAAUUACGGUGAUACAAUGAUUUUUCUAUGGGUUUUUUAGUGGGUAUAAUAAGAACACAACGCGGAAGAAUCUCCGUUGGGUUUUUUUUUUUUUUUUUGGUAUGGGUUUUCUAGUGGGGAUGGGUUACUGAUUUCAUUACUCAUUUCCUAAUUUUGAUUGUAAAAGUUCACAAAAUGAGUUGAAUUUAUAGACAAGUUUCUAGCUGUGAUUAUUACACAAGUUUCAGUUUUUGAAAGUAUAAUAUUUCCACUCAUGUAAUAUAAAAAAAAAAAAAAUGAUCUUUUUAUUGAUUCCUUUGAAGCGCUCAGGUAGUUUGAAAAAAUGAUGACUUUGUUAAAAACUCUUUGAAUUUCUGUUUUGUGUUACUUUGCCCAAUUCAUUGGCAAUGGGUCGGCAUAGAGGCGAUGUUGCAGAGGGGAGAGAGGGGCAAAGAAGAAAAGAUAACUUGAGAAAUAAAUGGGGUUUGAUGUGUCCUUUUCCCAACCUUUAGAUCAUUUAUGUGCCACAUGUCAUUCAUUUAUUUUAAAAUGGGAGAUAAUUGAACGGGAGGGGAGACGGACCCAAAAAAAAAAACCCUUAAUUCUAAGUUUGGAUUCGGAAAGCAAAAGGCCCGGAAGAAAAGCCCACAAAGCCCAAGCAAAGCAGAAUGCUAUCUAGGGUUGUGAUUUUUCUGUUUGCUCAACAUAACACCAGAUCUCUCGUUGACUCGCCGCUCUCACAUUUGGCACCACCACCAAUAUCUCAAUUCUGAAACCCUCAAUCUAUAACCACAACAACUAACAUCGCUCUCAAAAUUCGGCUUCGCUUGGCACUCCAACUAUGUCCGAUCUGUUAUCAGAGAUGGAUGAGAUGGGUGAGAUUGAGAAGCCAAUAUUCAGAGACAUAAGGCGUUAUUACUGUGAGUACUGUGGCAUUUGCAGGUCCAAGAAGUCUCUUAUUACUUCUCAUAUGCUCACUCACCACAAGGAAGAGAUGGAAAAGAAUCAGGUUAGUGGGGAAGACGAAAAAGAAGGAAAAAAGUCCAAUACGUGUCAAGAAUGUGGUGCGACAUUCACAAAACCUGCGUAUUUGAAGCAACACAUGCAAAGUCAUUCGGUUGAGAGGCUGUAUACUUGUCCAGUUGAUGAUUGCCACUCCACCUAUAGAAGAAAGGACCACUUGACUCGGCAUCUGCUUCAGCACCAAGGGAAACUCUUUAAUUGUCCAAUUGUGAACUGUGACCAUGAAUUUUCUUACCAAGGCAACAUGACAAGGCAUGUGAAAGAAUUCCAUAGCAAAGAUUGCCCUCCGAUUAAUGCUGAACCCCAGAAGCAAUUUGUCUGCCAGGAAAUAGGGUGUGGAAAGGUUUUCAAAUUUGCAUCAAAAUUGCGAAAGCAUGAGGAAUCCCAUGUUAAAUUAGACUCAGUGGAGGCACUCUGCUGUGAACCUGGCUGCAUGAAAUAUUUUUCAAACGAAGAAUGCCUUAAGGCCCACAUCCAGUCCUGCCACCAACAUAUUACUUGUGAGAUAUGUGGGACCAAGCAACUAAGAAGGAACAUUAAGCGGCAUCUACAAAUACAUGAAGACACAGUUUCACUGGAGAGAGUCAAGUGCCACUACGACGGUUGUCUUCACACAUUUUCAACUAAAUCAAAUCUCCAUCAGCAUAUCAAGGCUGUGCACCUUGAUAUUAAACCUUUUGCCUGUAGCUUUUCUGGUUGUGGCAUGAGAUUUGCACACAAGCAUGUGAGAGACAAGCAUGAGAAGACAGGGUGCCAUGUUCAUACAACCGGUGAUUUUGAAGAGUCAGACGAGCAAUAUCAAUCCAGGAUUAGGGGUGGCCGGAAGAGAAAGUGCCCAACCGUAGAAAUGCUGAUCCGGAAGAGGAUUACUCCACCAACUCCACCAAGUCAAUCAGACGAAGAGUCUGACUACCUUGGUUGGUUGCACUCACAGAGGCAACGAGCUGUAAAUCAUAGCCUAUAGUUUCACACAAUAUGAACGGGGUCUCCCACUUUAAAUAUAUAGAAGUUUGGGUCUUUAGAAGGAUGAUAUGUAUAUAUAGGUUAUUAGCAGCCAUUUACAAUCUGGGUCUGUUCCUCCAUUGUUAGAAUUAAUUUUAUUCUUUAUGGGUUCCCAUAUCAGUGUAUUACCCUAGUUAAUGAAAUAUAAAUGUAGCAUUCGGUUCCAUCAACA